AUGAAAGAAGACGACGGCAGCAACAGAUAUAGUGCCACAAAUGAAAUUAUGAACCCCGAUCACGCAGCGGAUGUUGGGAUUUUUGAGCCUCCCACAACGGGAGCAAGGCCAAGAGGAAAGAAACCCAAAGGUGGUGGAACCAGCCAAUCCAAUAUUUAUAAAAUACAGCACGUGGCUCGAGUUCCGCCCAAGGUCAAGGUGGCAGCACCAACCAAUCCAUAA